ACAAAUAAAAAGCGCUGCUAGUACUCCACCUCGCCACUAAACUACUCCAACCGCCAUGAUUAGCCCCCGACGAGAGCUUCCAGCUUCUGACUGAGACCCUUUCUUCCUAAUCCUUCUUCCGUAAACCAAAUAAACUAAUCCCCUUCCCCCCUAAUCGCGUCAUCCCCACACAUAUAUACGUACCACCACCACGCCACCUCCCCCACCCCAUCACCAUUCCCUCCUCCACCUCCACCGCCACCAACGCCGCCGCACGCAAUCCAAUCUCACCGGAAAAACGCCUGCUUGGGUUGAGCUGAGCCGGAGCCGCCAUGUGCCCGCGGACCCGCUGAGCCAAAACCCCCCGCGCGCUCCUACCCUACUACCGGCCGUUCCCUUCCCCUCUCCAAGAUCCGCGCUUUGAUUCGUCCGCCGCCGCCGACGCCGAGACCAUGCCGGCCACGGACCUCCAGGGCUCCUCCCCGUCGACGCACUCCCACUCCUCCCCGUUCUCUUCCUUCGGCCGCACACUCCUCUCCCUCCGCCGCGACGCCGCCCCGUCCGCGGCGGCAUCCGCGAUGCCGCAGCCCGGGUUCGUCGUCGACCCGGAGCUCGAGGAGUUCCACGCCCACGUCGCCGCGCACCUCGCCGAUCUGAGGGCACCCGGCAGCGCUGGCGGGGAGGAGGAGGACGACGACGAGGAGUUCAUGUCCAUCCCGUGGAUCCGGCGCCUGCUGGAGGUGUUCCUGCUGUGCCAGGACGAGUUCCGUGUGGCGCUUGCCGAGGCGCGCCGCCGACGCGGCGGCGGCGGGGCGACGUCCCCCGCAGCGGAGAAGCUGGUGGCGGAGUUCGGCGAGCGCGCCGUCAAGGCGCUCGACGUCUGCAACGCGGCGCGCGACGGCGUCGACCAGGCCCGCCGCUGGGAGCGCCUCGCGGGCAUCGCGGCCUCCGCGCUGCUGGUGCCGGCGGCCGCCGGCGCCGAAGGACAGGGGCAGAUCCACGAGGGCCAGCUCCGGCGCGCGCGGAAGGCGCUCUCGGACCUCUCCGUGCUCCUCAUCGACGACGCCGCCGCCGCCUCGGUGGGCGCCGGCGGUGGGCUCGCCUCGUUCCUCUCGUCCCACCGCAACCGCUCCUUCGGCCGCGCGCGUGCCUCCCCCUCCCGCGCCUCCUCCACUUCCUCCUCCUCGUCGCCCUCCGCGCACUUCCGCUCCCUCUCGUGGAGCGUGUCCCGCACCUGGUCGGCGGCGCGGCAGCUGCAGGCCAUCGGGGCCGGCCUGGCGGCGCCGCGCGCCAACGAGGCGGCCGCGGCCUCGGGCCUCGCGGCGCCGGCCUACGCCAUGGGCUGCCUGCUCCACCUCGCCGCCUGGGCGCUCGUGGCCGCGGUGCCCUGCCCGGACCGCGCCGCCGCGCUGCAGGCACACCACCACCACCUCCCGUCCCCGCCGCCGCGCGCCGCGUAUCCCUGGGCGCCGCCGCUGCUCGCGCUCCAGGAGCGCCUCGCGGAGGAAGGGAAGCGCAAGGACCGCCGCAACUCGUGCGGCCUGCUCAGGGAGAUCCACGCGCUGGAGAAGUGCGCGCAGAGGCUCGCGGAGGCCAUCGACGCCGCGCCCGUCCCGCUCACGGGCGAGCGGGAGGCCGAGGUUCGUGAGGCGGCGGCCGAGCUCGCCGCCGCGUGCGCCGCCAUGAAGGACGGGCUGGACCCGCUGGAGAGACAGGUCCGGGAGGUCUUCCACCGCAUCGUGCGCAGCCGGAUGGAGGGCCUCGAUUCGCCGAUGCUCAAUGCCGAUUGAGCUCUGUCAAGAUCAACAUCAUCAUCAUCAUCUUGCCUGCCUUUGAUCAUCUUGCAAUGUGGCGGUGCUAGGUAGCUAUCCUCUUCUUCUUUCUCUCGCUCUUGUGAUCAGCUAGUGGUAAGUAUAAAAUGUGUAUCCUUCUGUAAAGGAUUAUUACAGGAAAGGGAAAGGGAAAGGUGUCAUCUUUAGGUAAAGAUGAUUCCUUAUUCUUCCCCAUGUUUUGAUGCUGCAUUUGGUGUAUAUCGUCGCGUUUUUGAUAGUGUCGCGUCUGUGUGCAGCUAAUUCUCGAGCAACUUGUGUCUCUUUGGGAAUGUGAGUUUCAUUGACAAUGCUAACAACCAGGAAAAAAAAUAUAUAUGUAGUUUAAAUUUGCACA